AUCGGGGACCGGUUAAUAAAUGUUAUUAACAAUCGUGCGACGUUACAAUAGGAGAAAAGAAAGGAGACACUGACCAUCCUCGGUUUGAUGCACACGGGUAAAAAGUAGCAGGCUUUACGGUUUGCUGGCAAGGUAAAACGUAGCCUUAUAAAAAUCACCGUCUCUCAUCGGCUACGGCCUUACUCUACCUUCUUUCAUUGAGAAAACACACUACUUCUCCGCUCGUUUAUUUGUUUAAACUAUUCUUCGAGUAAGAACGUUUUUAAUAUAAUUGGGAAAAAAUGUUGAGGAUGAAAUUGUUGAUCGUCGUGGUAUUAGUGAGUUACGGGGUUCAGGCAAGAAACGCGAAUGACAAUCGUGAGUUUAAUAAAGAAACGAACAAGAAACAUGGUGGUUCUAUGUUGAUGGAGAUUGCAAAAGAACUGGUUCAAAGAUCAUCGACCAGUAGUCAGGUGUUGAAUCUCAACUUGUCGAAUUUAUUGCUCUUAUUAGUACUAAAAGCAGUGGUGUUUAGUGCAGGAUACUUGGGGCACCAUGGUUACAAAGGACGAGAAUUAGAACAAGAAAACGUGGUAUCUGAAGGAGAGGUCGCUCUAGCUUUAGGAUAUUUAAUUGGGGACAAGUGUUUGUACCGAGCAGCUUGCGAAGAACCACGCGUUGCUAAAGAAUAUUUGGAAGCUGCAGAAAUGAUUCUCGAAACGAUGAAAUUGUUGCCUCAAGGACCGCCCAUCGAAGGGAAGUACGAACAGACAAUGGCGGACUUCCGGAAGGCCAUCGAGUAUGGCAAUAAAAAUAUCUGCCCACCCGAGUACACUUGCAAAAAGGAAAAUAUCAAGAACUUUUUAAGAGAAGAACGAACAUCAUCGUAAGAAAUAUAUUAUAAAUCACGAAUUAUUGUUACUUGUGUACUUCAGAUGCAUUCAGUUUAAACACACACUUUGUACAUACAUACUACACGUACACCACGCAAUAUGUACUAUUAUUCGUUUAUAUAUAUAAUAUUUAAGUAACAUGCAAUGAAAUUCUUAUAUCAUAAAACCACUUACCUUAUCUCCUUCCAUUCCUUUGUCGAAAAACAGCAUCCAAUGAAGAUUUAAGUCCAUGUUGGCUUUAUCCAAAAACUUAG